UUUAAGAAUAAUGAUAUUAAUAAUAAAAAUCAGAGGUUUUGAAAUUUUUAUUUUAAAAGCACAUCCCAAAUUCUGAGGAUAGGGGCCUUAGAGGUGAGGAAAUCACUUCAGAGCAAACUCCAUAUAGGAAAGUAAAAGACGAGGACCUACCGCAGAGUCAACGGGACAGAAGAUGAACAACAUCGUCCCAGUUAUGCAGGACAUGGGCAGGCAGGUGCUGCCCACGCUGCCCUCGCUGAGCCAGGAGGAAGUCUCUAUUAUCUGGGGGAAUGUUUCAGAGUUUGUGGAACGGCAGCUAAACCUGCACAAGGGGGUCCAGAUUUCAGGACUUGGAACUUUCACUUUCACAAGACAAAAUCUCGAGGUGGGAAACAAGUUUGUUCUAGUCCAGAGACCUGUGUUUAUCAUGGCGGAGAAGUUAGUACAGACCCAUGGACUCAAACAAAACAAAGUCUAUUCUCCUGGUGAUAUCCCAGUUGUUCCACUUAAUUUCGUUAUGAUAUCGCUGGAGGGCCCGUUUAACAGAGAUACUGUAGAAGGAUGUAUUAAGGAGACAUUGCUUUUCUUAUCACGAUCUAUUUCCACCAAACAAAAUGUGGAGUUUGUAUUCAAAGGAAUUGGGGUCCUUGUGAUCAAAGACAGCAAAGUGAAGAUGAGAUUUUAUAAAGACUUCAUUUGUACGAUGGAUGGAAGCGGGACUUUGACGAAAGCCCUAUCCAAUAGACCGGGCACUGUGGACUCCGUGCUGUCGAACAGAGAGGACUCUGGAAUUCGGCCCAGCAAUGUGCUCAUGUUUCCCAGGAUUGAGCACAAAGAGAUGGAAAACAAAGCGCCCAUGGAGACCAUUGUGGAAGAAUGUGGAGAAAACACACAAAGGAAGAACAAGCUCAAAGACCAGUUGGACAAAAAAGCAGAAGGUGCCAGAGAUGUCUCCUCACCAAAGAGAAUUCGUGAUAGACAAGCCAUGUCCCCUGCUAAAGUGACAAGUGUCAGCUUGCUGGACAAGAUUGAGCAAACUGGGAGCCCUAGGAAGACGAUGACCCCUGAGAACUCAUCAUCUCCAGGUUGUCUGAAAAGUGACAACGAGAAGUCCAGAACACCUCCUGCCCCUACUUGCCAGGAUCAUAAUAAGGCAGGACAGGAAAUGUGCUACGUGUGUUUACAACGAGCACAACGGAAUUACCCCUUGUACUAUGGCGAGGGCAGGAGGAAGAAGGAGAUAGAAGACGAGCGACUCAUGCAGCAGUACCAAAUCAUGAAAGACCAGGAGGCUUUCUUCAAAAACCAGAUGAAAAGUAUGGCUGCCAGAGAACAAAAUCAGAAAAAUGCUGCCUAUAAUCUUGGAGUUGCUGAAGCUAUAAGAAGUCACAAGACUGAGAAACCUGAAUUUUAUAAAUCCUUCUUAUUUGAUAAACGACCUCUUAGUCCUGAGAUUAAUGCUCUUAGGCAAGAGGAAUAUUCCCAAAGUCUCCUGAAACAAAUGGAUAACAGACGGGAAAAGGAAAUAAAGCAAAGACAAAACAGAGAGUUGAUGGACCGCCUAGAACAAGUCCAGCUCACAGAGGAACUUGCUGCACAAAGAACCAAAUACUUAAAAGAGAAGAUGGAAGAAACUCAAUGUUACAAGAGAGCUUUGGAUGCACAGAUAAAGAACAAACCUCCUCAGUUGCCUGUGUUUGAGCCAGACUCCUCCGAGCCCAUUUUUGGGAAGAAUGAGGGUGAGCCGAUGGUGGAAAAGCGAAUGCAAGAACAGAAUUGUAUGAAGCACCAGAUGGAGGCAGCUGCCAACCUGAAGAGGAAAGCCAUCCUGAACCAGCUGGUAGACCAGAAGCGCGAUCUACAGAUGCUUCAGAGGACGCACAGAGAGCACUUGGCCGACAGAAAUGCUGAGCUGGAGCGAGUCAGCAGGAUCAACCGGUGCUUGCAGGAGGACUGGGAGAGGAGUGUUGAGAUGAAGAAGCAGCGAGACCUGGAGGAGAAGGCUUUCGAUCGGGCUUCAGACAAGCUGUUCCUCUUGGACCAGUGUGCCACGUAUCAGCGCUGCAAGCAAUGCCAGAGACGCACCUCCAACGUGGGCGAGAGCAACGUGUGGCCCCUGAGCAAGUUCCUGCAGGGCUCUCGCUUGCUUGUGUAGAACUCCACAUUUAAUUUAGGUGUCCUAGGGAGUGCUUUUAUCUUUCACUUGUUUGCAGUGUCUGUGUUUGUGCUGCAGAGGAAAACAACUGGGUGCUUUCAGUAGCUUUUUAACCCCCUAUUGAAUUUAUGUCCUCAAAUUGUCUUGCUCCAUCCUGCCUCCCUGAAUUUGACUCUGAUGGCAAUGAAGGUGUCUGAGUGGUUCUUAGGCUCAAACCCAUUGCCACAUGGGCCGGGUAUGGGAUCCAGCUUCAUGCUGGCUACUGACAUGACCCAGCCCUGCCAUCUCUCUGUGACCUUAUGUAAGGAAUUUCAUUUUUUUGUGUGUCUAUAAUGAAUAUGUCACAAUAAAUGUUUUCUAGAUAUCUGACUAUGCAUAAUUGGUAAUGGUAAGUUUUACCCCUUCCUUGACUCUAGACUUUUUUGGAAGGUUAUGUGUGUACAUCACAGAGGAAGGUUAAGCUGUUCACCUCAGGGGCUCAGAGCAAAGCUGUGGGAAUAUUCUAGUUGAUGACACAUUGGGACUUUGUCAGGGCCCCAAGAGGUACCAUUUGCUUGGGGAACUUUCAGAGAAACAUUCUAUUGUCUGGCCGUUUCUUCCUCACUCUGUUCGUGUUUUCUGUAGGAAUACCUUUGUGCUGUGAGGGGAG